GAAGCUCCAAUUGUAUGGCAACAUUUAGAAGCUCCUUUGUUUUCCAUGAGAGCAAUGGCUAAGGAAGUUCCAUUAAAGGAAAAUACCAUCUUACCAGUUAUAAUGUCCUUCCUUGUGCAAUUACCUGAACAUCCAAAGAUUAGAUACGCUGCUACAUUAGUAUUGGGAAGAUAUUCUGAAUGGACUUCCAAGAAUCCUCAAUUUUUGGAACCACAAUUGAACUACAUUACAAAAGGAUUCGAGGUUAGUAAAGGUACUACAGAUGAUGGUAUUAUAAUUGCUGCUUCAAGAGCAUUAAUGUAUUUCUGUCAAGAUUGUUCGGUGUUAUUGGUGAACUAUUUGGAACAGUUAUAUAUGCUCUAUGGCCAAGUCAAGGAUCAAUUGGAUUUGGAAUCAACUUUUGAAUUAGUUGAUGGGUUGGCUCAUGUGAUUAGCAAGAUCCCCCAAGAAAACAUGUACAAGACUUUGGAAAUGUUUAUUACUCCUACGUUAAAUGUAUUGAUCGAAGAUUCAAAUCACAGUACUCCAAACUUUAAAGUAAUUGCUGAUCAAGUUGAAAUAUUGACUAUAUUUGUUCAAGUAUUGAAAUGUCCUGAUUUUGAUUCACCCAACCCAUAUCCAAUUGCAGAAUUGUUUAUGGAUAAAAUAUACCCAAUCUCAUCUCAAUUGCUCAGUAAGUUCGGCUCUUCAAUUGCAAUUAGUGAAUCUAACUGUAAGUUAAUUAAACUGGCUGUCCAAUCAUUUAGUUUCCAUUUAAACAAGAUCUUAGCUGAUUUAGCUAAUCUCCUUGUCUCGGGGUUUAAAACUACUAAUUUUGGAUGUUAUCUUUGGGUAUCUGGAGUAUUAAUUCGUGAAUUUGGUGAUGAUUAUUAUUCCAACCAAGAAACCAAAGAAUCGAUUCAUCAAUUUGGAUUGCAGCAAUGCUUUAACUUUUUCGAAAUCUUAUCCCUCAAACAAAAUGAAGAACAGUUGAAACAAAUUCCUGAUGUCAUUGAAGAUUUCUUUAGAAUGAUGAAUGAUUUAUUAAUGUUUUACCCAUUCAAGCUCAUUUCAAAUUUUGAAUUAUUAACAUCCACUUUGAACGCUGUCAAUUUGACUUUGACAGUAAUCAAUGAAUUCGAUCCGAUAAUAUCAUGUGUUCAUUUCUUGAUUGAUUUUAUUUCAUGGGGAAUGCCUCAUCCUCCAAUUUCAUUAUUUGACGAUGAAGAUCCUGCACCUUUAAGAGCUGAAGUGCAGAGAUUCUUAAUUUUAAAUAAUAAUGGAUGCGAAUUAUUACGUGUGGUAUUGAACGGAUUAAUAUUUAGAUUCCACAAUGAUGUCCAACAAGAUGUCAAUGAUUUAAUCUUGAAAAUCUUGGUUGUGGCAUCUACAGCUGACCCAAGCACUAGUAAUUUACCAGUGCAAUGGUUACGAGAAGUAGUUACUGGCUUACCUAAUUCCAGUAGCAAAGAAAUUGACCGAUUGAUAAAUACAGUCAGUGCUGCAUUGCCAAAUAAGGAUAAUAGAAAAGUAAGAUCGGCUUUGAGAGAUUUUGUAAGUUGGUAUUCAAGAAAGAAUGUCACGCCAAGAUCAGAAUUUUAG